GAAUUGUAGAUUUUCAGCUGUCAGAUGUUUGUAUUUCUUACUUAACCUCUAAUAAAUUCCUCACGUCACAGCUGAAACUUCAGUUUUAUUGAUUGUUUAUACAAAUUGAGUAGAACAGUGAAAUUGUUACUUUCUUGACGUGUUUUUUUCUUGUGUGUAAGUUAAUUAUGAUUUGAAAUAAUCCGUACAAUUUAGAGGUUUCAGAAUCUCAUAAUAAAUACAAAAAAUGGCAGAAUUACGAAAACGCCACGAAACAGAAGAUAAACGUAUAGAAUCAGCAGAAAGUGAUCAUAUUGACAGUGAAGAUGAUAAACAUUUGGAUCCAAAAAUAUCUACAAAUCUAUCUGAUACCAUCCCCAGUGGUACAAAUAAAGCCCCCUUAAUAUUGGAACUUUUGAUGAAAGGUUUGCCAGACAGAUGGAAAAAUUGGUUUGUGAGGGGUAUUUUUACAAUUUUGAUGAUUUUCUUCUUUGGUAUAGUUAUAUACGGAGGCCCAUUAGCUUUAAUGAUAACAACACUGAUAGUACAAGUAAAAUGUUUUGCUGAAAUAAUUAACAUUGGACAUGCUGUCUACCGCAUUCAUGGACUUCCAUGGUUUAGAUCUUUGUCUUGGUACUUUUUAGUUACAUCAAAUUAUUUCUUUUAUGGAGAAAGCUUAAUGGAUUAUUUUGCUUUAGCUAUUAACAGGACUGAUUUCCUACGAUUCCUGACAACCUACCACAGGUUCAUCUCCUUUUCACUUUAUUGUGGAGGAUUUGUGUGGUUUGUUCUUAGCCUCGUUAAAAAGUAUUAUAUUAAACAAUUUUCCCUGUUUGCAUGGACCCAUGUUGCAUUAUUAAUUGUCGUGCUACAAUCUUAUUUAAUCAUUAAGAACAUUUUUGAGGGUUUGAUAUGGUUCAUUGUGCCAGUUUCAAUGAUAAUUUGCAAUGAUAUCAUGGCAUAUGUGUUUGGGUUCUUCUUCGGAAAAACACCGCUUAUUAAACUCAGUCCGAAAAAAACUUGGGAGGGAUUUAUUGGAGGAGGAGUGUCGACCGUUGUUUUUGGUUUUUUGAUCUCGCAUAUACUUUGCAAAUAUCCGUAUUUCGUAUGCCCAAUACAAUGGAGCGAUAACGAGGGACGUAUGACAAUGGAGUGUACUCCAGGACCCCUAUUUACACUUACAGAGUAUGAAGUACCAACGUUUUUAUCUGGUGUAUUGAAAUUAUUUGGUUUCAGUAAUUCCAUUUACUUGUACCCUUUUGUACUGCAUUCUUUGCCCUUAUCGAUUUUCAGUAGCGUCAUUGGACCCUUUGGUGGCUUCUUUGCCAGCGGAUUUAAGAGGGCUUUUAAAAUAAAGGAUUUUGGAGACGUUAUACCAGGUCACGGUGGUAUAAUGGACAGGUUCGAUUGCCAGUUUCUGAUGGCAACAUUCGUUAAUGUGUACUUUACAAGUUUUAUUCAACACGAUAGUCCGCAUAAAUUGAUGCAUCAGAUAUUGUACCUGAAACCCGAGCAACAGCUACUUCUUUAUCAGAUGUUGAAGGAGACGUUACAAGACAGAAACGUCUUGCAACCUAUCGAAGAUAUCGUUGUCUAAACAUUUAAUUCAAAACGAAUCUGUGCCAUAGAUUGUGCUAGUUAAAUGACAUAUUUAUUUUUGGUAUUUUUUACCAGUUACGUUAUCAAGGGAUUUUUUUUAUUGAGGCGGUUAGUUUAUUUGCGGGGACGCGGAAUUGAUUUUUUAUGAAUUUAUAUUUUACCUUUUUUGUAUACAUGAUCGUAUUUUUUUAUUUUUUACAUAUUUAUUUAAUUGUUACUCGAAUAUUUGACUGCUUUUUUAACCAAACAACAAAUUUAAGAUAUAAUACAGGCAUAUUUGCUCAUGUAAUGCUUUUCAUUUGGAAUAUGACAAAUUAGAAAUAUUAUAUGUGGGUGAAACUAAAUAUUAGCAACUUUUUAGAUUAUUAACAAAUGCAGGUUAGAAAUUAGUAGGUCAAAAAAAAUUAUUAUUUCUUUGCUUUUUAAAAAUUAAAAAAAAUGUUCUAAGGUUUUUUUUAAUUAAAGUGUAAUUAUUUUUUUAGUACAUUUUAAUGAGUAAAAUGAAUUUUAAAGAGGUUUUAUACAUAUAAUAUGUCAAAAGUCAAACGAUUUGGUUUUAAAAUGUUAAUUAAUUUUAUAUUAUGUAGAAGUAAUAAAAUUAGCAGAUCGUUUGUAAUUUUUCAAAAAUUAUCACAUAUAUUACUAGAAUACAAAUGAAAUCCUUUUAGAAUAUUUGUGAGAGUAUUUGCAGAGGUGUUGGAUCAAUGGUAAUUGUUUUAAAUCUUGUUAGGGACCUGCGUACAUACAGGGUGUCGAUAUAUUGAAAGUAGUGUAAUGGUCCAGCAUAAAAAGUAUUUGGUAAUUGUGCAGAUUAUAGGACCUCAUCUCGGAUUGAGAGGUGAAGGUAGAUGAGCUUUUAGUUGGAGGGGGGGGUAUUCGUGAAGCUGUAAAGGGUGGAGAUAUAAAUUGGAAAUGUUGAGGGGACCGUCGGUCAUAGGGAAGUAAAUAGAUAGUAAUAGAUAUAGUAAAUAGGAGAGCCUAGGGAUGACUUUGUGGAAUAUUAAGUGAGGGUGGAGGGUUGGAGUCGUAAAAGAUCUAAUCUAAUCUAACCUGCACAAUUAUCGUUUAUUGUUUAUAUUAUUUUGAAAUUUCGCAUUACAGAUUUUUAAUUGAAAUUUAAUAGAAGAUAUACAACUAUGAAUAUUUUUUCAAUGUGUUUUUUAAAUCAAAUUUCUGUGUUGUCCUGAAUACUUUUUAAGUCAACAUAAUUUUUUAAGUAAAUAAAAUUAACUAAAUGGAAACUAGCGUCUAAAUAGAAUUGUUGUUCGAAUGUCUACUUAAUGACUUAUUAUUUUUUGGAAGGAAUUGAAUGUAAUUUCUAUUCUAUUAUUUUCUGUGAUACAACGGUAAUUACUUUUAAUAAUUGAUAAUUAUUAUUACACUGUGUAAGAUGCCAUAAAUCGUGGAAACAUAAAUAGAUGCAAUUAGUUAAAAUAUAAAACAUUUUACUUCUUUUAUGGGAAAUAUAGUAUAUUUAAAUAAUAAAAGGCACGCCCUAUUCUCAUAUAAUCAUAAUUAUAUCUAUUUAUAAUGUUAAGAAAGUAAUUAUAAAUAAGUGGUGAUAAGAGGCAUUUUUAAUUUAAUUAAUGUAGAUAAAAAUAACUUCGUGGUAUUGUGUUUUUGUCUCCUAUUUAAAUAGUUUUUAAGUCAUCUUUUUAAUGGAAAUGUAUGUGAGUAUAUAGGUGAGGUAUGAAUUCUUCAAUAUUAGGGUUGUAUAGUAUAUAGUAAGUACUCGAUAGUGUGAACAGAAUAAAACAACAGCUGUUUACUUUACCGAAUUUUUCAAGUUAACGAAUGUUAAACGUAAUAAGUAUGUAGAUAUGUGUCUAUAAUUAGCAAAAUAAUUAUUACAUAUAAAUAUCGGUUUUUAAGGCCAAUAGACAUUUGGUUUCUAGGAAUGAUGUUUUAGCAUGUUCACGGUAUACAGCGGUCUAUCAUAAUUAAUAUACAUAUUACUGUUUAUAUUAUCGAGUAUUUACUGUAUUUUAUGGUUCUCGGUGUACCAUGUACGGUAAUUAUUCUUUCCUACAAUUUUUAUGCCAAAGAAAUUAUUUAGUCGGUGCAAUUCCUCUAAUUUAGUUUUCAGUUUUAAUGCUAAAUGUUAUGCAUCUAUAGUUGUGAGUAAAGUAGUUUUCGAUGUAUUUAGAGGCAGAGUAGAUUAAAUAAUAAAUUAUUAAUGUCUUCGUCAAACCUA